UAUGUAUGGCUAUACUGCAAAUACUCCAAUAAAUCAAGGAUAUGGUUGGCUUAGAUUUGUAUAUAAAGUGAUGGAUUUAUCUGUUUAUAGUGGUAUGGAAAUCUUUGGAAUUGACUCCAAAGAUUCACACAAAUCUCAACUAAUUUCACCAAAAUUAAAAUUAGUUAUUGAAGGGAAAAAAUGCUUAAGUUUGGCAAUAAAAUCAACACAGCAUCAACCAAAUUUGUUUUCAGUUCUCUUGAAAUAUUCAAAAAGUUUAGAAUUUGCUAAAGGAAGCAUUAAAAAUUUUAGUGAGAGUACUAUCAUUCUUUUUGAUUACAUUGUUCAAAAUGGUUUAGAACAGGCAAGUUUGUCACAUGAAGCUAAUUUCCUUUGUGGUGCAGUUAUAAUUCAUAACCAAUAUCUAUUGACUGCAGCUCAUUGUAUUAAUAGAUACACUCAAAGGUUUAGUGUCAAAGUUGGAAUUUUAAAUGAAAGUGAUAAGAGUUCCAAAUCUCAUUCUGUAGAACAAUACAUUGUACAUCCUUUAUUCAAAAAAACAUCUGUCGAGAAUGAUAUUGCCAUUCUUAAAUUAAAAUCCCGUUUAGAAUUUAAUGAAAAAAUCCAACCAAUAUGUUUACCCAAGUUGUACAAUGUUAAAAACAGUUCUGAUUCUCAAUACACAGCUUCUGGCUUUGGAUUCAGAUCAUAUCCAUUUGAAAAGGAGUUAUACAAAAUUGAAGUAAGAAUACUAACUGAACAAGAAAGCAAAUUUAAAUUUCUCAAUAUGUCAAAUGACCAAAAACCUAAAUAUCCAAUGCAUUUAUGUGUAAGUGAUUCAAAAGGCCUACAGAGAAAUAACUGUUAUGGUGAUUCUGGCAGACCUUUAUCUUGUUUUAUUGAUGAAAAAUGGCAAGUUUAUGGAUUAGUGAGUCUUGGUGACAUACUUUUUGGAUGGGAUCAACAGAAAACGGCCCCAAGUAGGAUAUUUGAAGGCAGCAUUUUGGGUUAA